AUGGAUCUCGAUCUUGAGGGAGUUCCCGAGGAGGAUAAGGCGCGACUCACGCAGAUGAUCGAGAACGCGCAGCGACGAGAUGGAGCUCGCAUGUACAACUCAUUGGUGGAACGGUGCUUCAAAGACUGCGUGGACAAUUUCAGGCGGAAAACUCUUGAUAAGACGGAGGAGCAGUGUGUGAAGCGGUGUGGGGAGAAGUUUCUGAACCACUUUGCGAGAGUUGGCAUGCGCUUUGCCGAGCUCCAAUCAGGAGCUUCCAGUGAAUAA